AUGAUGGUAGAGCCGCAGACCAAUCGACGGAGGAGAUCUAGUAGUAUCCUCCAGGUCUAUCACGAGCCGCUUGAACCGCUCGAGCAGCUGAACGAUCAGUCAGCCCUGCCCAAUGGAAACGCCAAUUGGGUAAAUGCCAAAGGCGCUUGGAUGGUUCACUUUGUCAUCAUUGGCCUUCUCAAGAUUCUAUACAACAUCGUGCCGGGCGUGUCGCAGGAGACAUCGUGGACCUUGACGAACAUCUCCUACAUGUUUGGCUCUUACGUCAUGUUCCAUUGGGUGCGAGGCGUGCCUUUCGAAUUCAACGGCGGGGCCUACGACAAUCUCAACAUGUGGGAGCAGAUCGACGACGGCGACCAAUACACACCAGCAAAGAAGUUUCUUCUCAGCGUACCAAUCGUUUUGUUUUUGAUGAGCACACACUACACACACUACGACUUGACCUACUUCACUAUCAACUUCCUUGCCCUGCUCGCUGUGAUCAUCCCAAAACUUCCCUACAGCCAUCGCAUGCGGGUCGGCUUGUUUUCAGGCGUGCCGGACGAGUAA